AAACCGACUUCCCCAAGCACGCUUUCGGUGGUUUCGUCCACGGUCGCUCUCACUCCCCGGCCUAUCCAGCAUAUUUUUUACCUUUAUAGCUGUUAGAUUAAAUAUUUUUUGAACCAGCUGGGAAUUGAGGCCGUCCACCAUGACGCUGUUUAUCCUCACUGAAACCAGCGCGGGUUAUGCCCUGCUCAAGGCCAAGGACAAGAAGCUUUUGAAGAGAGAUGAUCUGGCUACUGAGGCUGCCACGGCAGAGGGUGUUUCGAACCUUGUGAAAUUGAAGAGUUUCCAGAAGUUCGACAGCGCUGCUACAGCCCUGGAGGAAGUUGCUUCUCUUGUUGAGGGCAAGGUUACCCCUCGUCUUGCCAGCCUUCUUGACGAGGUCAAGGAUGAAAAGAAGGUCUCUUUGGCCGUUGCGGACCCGAAGCUUGGAAAUGCCAUUGGCAAGCUUCCCGGUCUCGAUAUUCAACUUAUCGCCGACUCAACCACCACUGAUAUCUACCGUGCUAUCCGUGAACAUCUCCCCACAUUAAUUCCAGGCCUCGCCCCUCAGGAUAUGUCCACCAUGUCUCUGGGUCUUUCCCACUCCCUUGCCAGACAUAAGCUGAAGUUCUCUCCCGAUAAGAUUGAUACUAUGAUUGUACAAGCCAUUGGCCUGCUGGAUGAUUUGGAUAAGGAGCUCAACAACUAUGCUAUGCGCGUGAAGGAAUGGUACGGCUGGCACUUCCCCGAGCUGGCUAAGAUUCUCAACGACAACCUGGCCUACGCGAAACUCGUUUUGAAGAUGGGCAUGCGCACUAACUGGGAGUCCUCUGAUCUCGCCGAGAUUCUGCCCGAGGAGCUCGAGGGCUCUGUCAAGGCCGCCGCGGACCGCUCCAUGGGUACCGAGAUCAGCGAGGAGGAUCUGGAGAACAUCCAGGCUUUGGCUGAGCAGGUUGUUGGCUUCACGGAGUACCGUCAGCAACUUGCCGGUUAUUUGACCGCCCGUAUGAACGCCAUUGCGCCUAACCUGACUGCUCUUGUUGGUGAAUUGGUUGGCGCCCGUCUUAUUGCUCACGCCGGUAGCUUGACCAACCUUUCCAAGAGCCCCGCCAGUACUCUCCAGAUUCUGGGAGCCGAGAAGGCCCUUUUCCGUGCCUUGAAGACCAAGCACGACACUCCUAAGUAUGGUCUCAUCUACCACGCAUCCCUCAUCGGUCAGGCUACUGGCAAGAACAAGGGUAAGAUGGCCAGAGUUCUCGCUGCCAAGGCCUCUCUUGGUCUCCGUGUUGAUGCUCUUGCCGAGUGGGAUGACGAUGCUACCGAGGAGGAUAAGGCUGCUCUUGGUACGGAGGCUCGGUUCAACCUUGAGAGGAAGCUGGCUGCCAUGGAAGGCAAGCCUCUCAAGCCCCGUGGUGUGACCAUUGCUCCCAACGGUACACCUGCACAGGCCAAGAAGUUCGAACUCAACGAGGCCAGGAAAUACAACGCUGAUGCCGAUGCUGUUGAUGAGCCUUCUUCUGCCAAGAAGCAGAAGAAGCUUGUUGAGGAGGUCCAGGAUACCGAGAUGGCCGAUGCUGAUUCUGAUGAAGAGGCUGAGUCAUCUGAUGAGUCGGAAGAGGAAUCGAGCAAGAAGAAGUCUAAGAAGAGCAAGGACGCCGACCUUGAGAAGAUGGCCGAGAAGGCUGGAUUGAGCCUCAAGCGGUACAAGCGCAAGCUUGAGCGCGGCGAGAUUCAGUUCGAUGCGGAAGGCAACCCUAGCUCGGUCAGCAAGAAGGACCUGAAGAAGGCCAAGAAGGAGGCCAAGAAGGCUGACAAGGGCGAGGAGAAGAAGCGCAAGCGCUCCGACGACAAUGAGGACAGCGAGAAGAAACAGAAGAAGAAGAAGAAGAAGGACGAGUAAAUCAUGUCAAAAAGUUAAAAACUGAUGGAUCGCUACAUUAUUGUAUGAUAUCACACUUUGUGGGUUCAAUUUCCUGUCAUUUGCUUGAACACUUUCUAUUUUUUGGGUGGCAUUUAUAGGAUGGAUUGGUUCAUCUAUCCAUGGCGCAGCGGUGCUUGUUGGUAAAGGCAGUUAGGUCUAAUCUUGAUAUUAUCCAUCCAUGUUCGUGGCUGUAGUACGGUAGCUGAUGUAAGUACUAGUAUCUUGGACACCUCUUUGGACCUGCUUUCCAUGUCUGUCUUGUACCACAUUCACCUCACAUCCUACAUCAACAGGCUCCUCUUAUUUAUAGAUCUUCCUACAGCCCUAUUUAGCAAAAACAAGACAAUGUCUCUUGCUCCAAACUCCCUCUAUAUCGCCCUCUACAUCCGCACCGACCCACCAAUCCCGGACAACUUCCAUUGGGCCCUUUACCUUCAUCAUCACGAUACAGGAACAAAAUAUCAUAUCACAAAUGAAAGUACCGGUUGGAUCGCCGCGCAUGCUCCGGAAUCCGCCAUCUUGAAGUCCUUUCUCUUGGUCGGCCUUAUCCGUAUCGCAGAUUUACCUUCUUCUCAGAGAGUCUUGAGCGAAGCAGACCAGUUGAUACGCAGCUACGAUGAUCAGGUCAAUGAGAUGGGGGUUACGUGUCGGACUUGGUUGUUGAAAGUACUAGAGCUGCUGAAAAAGAGGGACUUGCUUUGUGAGGGGAAGC